GUUCGAGUUGUUACUAUGGAUGCAGAGCUGGAGUUUGCCAUCCAGCCAAACACUACAGGCAAACAGCUGUUUGACCAGGUGGUUAAAACCAUUGGUUUGCGAGAAGUGUGGUACUUUGGUCUUCAGUAUGUGGACAACAAAGGAUUCCAGACUUGGCUGAAGCUUGAUAAAAAGGUUUCUGCUCAAGAAAUUAGAAAGGAGAAUCCCCUCCAGUUCAAAUUCCGCGCCAAGUUCUUCCCAGAGGAUGUGUCUGAAGAGCUGAUCCAAGACAUCACACAGAAGCUCUUCUUCCUGCAGGUGAAGGAAGGGAUCCUCAGCGAUGAGAUCUACUGUCCUCCUGAAACAGCAGUACUUCUUGGCUCCUAUGCUGUGCAGGCCAAAUUUGGAGAUUACAAGAAAGAUGUGCACAAGCCUGGAUACCUCAAUUCAGAGCGUCUGAUCCCCCAAAGGGUGAUGGACCAGCAUAAACUCUCCAGAGAGCAGUGGGAAGAACGGAUCCAGGUGUGGCAUGCUGAACACAGUGGCAUGAUCAAAGAGAAUGCCAUGCUGGAAUACCUGAAGAUUGCUCAAGACCUGGAGAUGUAUGGAAUCAACUACUUUGAAAUCAAGAAUAAGAAAGGAACGGACCUUUGGCUGGGGGUUGAUGCCUUGGGGCUCAACAUCUAUGAAAAGGAUGAUAAACUGACUCCAAAGAUUGGGUUCCCCUGGAGUGAGAUCAGAAACAUCUCUUUCAACGAUAAGAAGUUUGUUAUAAAGCCUAUUGACAAGAAGGCACCUGACUUUGUGUUUUACGCCCCUCGUCUGAGAAUUAACAAGAGGAUCCUGCAGCUCUGCAUGGGCAACCAUGAGCUGUAUAUGCGGCGCAGGAAGCCCGACACCAUUGAGGUGCAACAGAUGAAAGCCCAGGCCCGGGAGGAGAAGCACCAGAAACAACUGGAAAGGCAACAACUAGAAGAUGAAAAGAAGAGGAGGGAGGCGAUUGAGAGAGAGAAAGACCAAAUGUUGCGGGAGAAGGAGGAGCUGAUGGUGAGGCUGCACGAGUAUGAGGUGAAGACUCAGAAAGCAGAGAAAGAGCUCUCAGAUCAGAUCCAAAGAGCCAUUCACCUGGAGGAGGAACGGAGACGAGCCCAGGAGGAAGCAGAACGCUUGGAAGCUGAUCGUUUGGCUGUUCUGCAGGCCAAGGAAGAGCUGGAGAGACAAACUGUGGACCAGAUGAAGAGCCAGGAACAGCUGGCUACAGAGCUGGCAGAGUAUACAGCCAAGAUUGCACUUCUUGAAGAGGCAAGGAGGCGUAAAGAGAGUGAGGUUGAAGAGUGGCAAAUCCGAGCGAAGGAAGCCCAGGAUGAUCUGGUAAAGACAAAGGAGGAGCUACACCUGGUAAUGACGGCUCCGCCUCCACCCCCGCCGCCUGUCUAUGAGCCAGUGAACUACCAUGUCCAUGAUAACCUGCAAGACGAAGGAUCUGAGUACUCUGCCUACAGCGCAGAGUUCUCCAGCGAGGGCAUCAGGAAUGACCGCAACGAGGAGAAGCGCAUUACUGAAGCAGAGAAGAAUGAGCGCGUACAGAUGCAGCUGAGGGCGCUGACUGAUGAGCUGGCCCAGGCUAGAGACGAAAAUAAGAGGACCCACAAUGAUAUUAUCCACUCGGAGAACAUGCGACAGGGACGCGACAAGUACAAGACGCUGCGGCAGAUUCGGCAAGGCAACACCAAGCAGAGAAUUGAUGAGUUUGAGGCAAUGUAAUGAUGCUGCUAACAAGAAGGCAGGACUGUGGGAAAGGCAGAUCUUAAUGCUGUGUUCUUGUUUUGGGUCUGUUUUGUUGUGGUUUUUCUUUCCCUGAGGAGGGGUCACUGUAUGACAUUUAACAAAUGUUCUCUAAACCAAGAGGUGUUUGAAUCUCCCCUUUAUUCCAUACCCUCUAUUAAAUUUGGUAUAGUUAUAAACUGAUCGUACCACUGAUCCUGUGACUUGCUCAUGCCUUUGCGUAGUGCCAAAAGGCCUUGCGUCACAUCUCUCUUUAAGCAAGACAAAUUUUAAUAGGCCGUGCUUCUAGUUGAAGAUACGUGUCCUGUGCAGGUGCUGGAUUCAGCUUGGUCUAAAAAUAAGCAUUUGUGGGUGAAUUUUGUGCCAUAUGUCAUCGUAUUUUUAGUUACAGUAUAAAGUCCAACAGUUGAGAAGACGGGUUGUAGAGCUCGGGAUCUGCGACCCCUGUUUUUGUGUACAUGUGUGCAUGUGUGUUUGUACGCUCUGGUUUUUCCCUUGGUCUUGAUGCCCCCUUCCCUCCCCCGCCUAUGAAAGAACUGACAACACCUCAGAAGCACUUGGUGCAGAAAUUAAGCUUUUUCUGGUUGCUGUUCUCAACUGGAGAAAUUUUGCAGUGACGGCUCAGAAGUGUGGCAUAGGGACACUGAUACCCUCCUCGUGUAACAGCUAGGCAAAUACUCUGUUGGAAUCUAACACACUACUGUGUCUGCAUUCCAGCUUCAUUACUGAUCAGUUAUAGUGUAGUAUUUAUAUACACACACAUGUAUAACACAUGCAAUACAUGAAUUGCAGUACUAGUUCAAAGG